CAGGCCCAUUUGGUGAUGUGGCCACUUCUACAGACGCCACCGCGUCAAGAUCAUCUUCUGCAUUGGGCUGGAGCUCGCGCUUGCAUACAGCCACGUCGCCCACGGGCAAUACUCCCGAGUCAAGCGACGUACAAUUGGGCGCUUCUUUUGUCGGGAGUGGGAGCGCCCCACCCUCUGGCGCUGUUGCCGAGAGUGUCAGUGUGGAUGCUGCACGGAGCGGUGCGACGUGUCAGGGCGACUUGACUUUUGUUGUUCCUAAUGCGCGCUUCAGGACUGGUGGACGAGGCAAUGCCGACGGGAGCCCGCCGAGUAUGAAAGGCGGGCGCAAGGCGAGAGCAAAGCAGGAAUAUCCAGACGACGACGGCGGGAUGAAUCGGGAGCCCAUUCAGUCGGAACCUCGCCGCCACCAAGUGUCCACAGAAGGUGCCUGUGCGAGCGAUCGCGGCUUCCACGGUACCGAAGUAGGCAGAAGUAACCCCAGAGACGCGGCAGGUGGAGCCCGUGCGAUCGCUGCCUCCAAUUCGCCCAUGGCGAUGCGUCGGCAGCACAUCGUCGAAGCUGUGGAGGGACCACACCAAAUCGCUGGGCCCGAGGGCGAAGACAGCGGCCGAGACCUAAUGCUGGUGCGCGAUGGGGAGUUCUACAUCAACAGCGCGGACUGCGUGAUACGCGUGGAAGACACGUUGUUCAGGCGCCGUGUGCGCUGUAGGUCCACCGUUAUUUCCUCGGCCGGGACUCUUUCGUCUUUCAAUACAUGUUCAGCAUGCCUUCCGAAAGUCACGCACUUUCUCGCAAUAUCUUGGAGGGAUGCUCGGACGAGAAUCCUAUCCGACUCUAUGGAGAGUCUGCGGAGCGUUUCCGCGCACUGCUCUCCGUAAUUUACGAUCUACCGCUACAGCUUCAAGUAUACAACACCCCGGCAGCCAACGUCGACCGACUACUGACGAUCGCGGAGGUGACGAUCAAGUACCACUUUGUAUCCAUCGAAAAAUGGGCCUUCGACGCUCUCUACAACGCAAUAUCUGGCCUGCACGGCCCUCCGCAGGAACGGUAUCAGCUCGGCCACUGUUCCUCCGCAUGGAUGAAACGUCUCCUCGAAGUCGCCCUCCUGUGCGGACACACCCGGCUUCGCGAUUACGUGGUGGAGCGUUGGGUCGACCGCAUCGCAGCCCGAGACCUCCGACCUGUGCAUGCGCUGGAAUUCGCUGACAGGAGCGGGAUCAAACGACUGCAGGGUUAUGCAUAUUACGUCCAGCUUCUCGAGAUGGGCGACGGCUUCGACCCCGGCGCUGUCGAAGACGGCGAACAGCACGCACGCUCACGCCUGGCCCUGGCCGAGGCCGCAGCGGCCGGCCCGACCGGGGAUAACGGCAACGCUUCCCCCGCACGCGCACGCGCACGCACGCCGGCCGCGCUCACCAGCGCACAGAGGCGGCGGCUGCUCUCCAGGCACUGGUCGCUCUGCCGGCUCUGGGAGACGCUCCGGGCGAGCGCGCCCAAGUUCGAGCGGCCGGACGGGUGCACGUACCACCAGCACGGCUGCGUGUCGACGUGGACGCAGGUGUGGCGGGACGUCGGCGCGGCGGAGCCGACGCUCAAUCACCCGCCCGGGGACGUGCUGGGGCGGCUGAGGGCGAUGGAGGAGCAGCUGUGCACGCAUGCGGACUUGUCGUGUGCGCUGACGCCGCUGUGCAGGCGGCUUGCGCUGAUGGCGCUCAAGUCAACUGUCAGGGCCGUGGAGGAGAGCCUGGCGGGCCAUUUUGCGGAUCUGACCCGGGAGAGCUUGCUGGUAAAAGCGACCGAGGAGGAGACGUCCUGAAGCUGACCUGACAUGUAAUGUAUCACGUACUCUUUCCGUAUACGUCCC